GGUCGCGUCUACUGUAACGGGGGAAAGCUAACGUUGUGUGUCCCAUUUUUGAAGAUGAAUCUGUCAUUAUACAGCGUAAACGCAUUCCUCAUCUUAGAUGCUGAAGGACAUCGCGUCCUUGCCAAGUACUAUCGACCCAAAGGUCAUCCCCAGGGCGAGUCCAAGGAUCUUCUGACAUUGAAGGACCAACGAGCAUUUGAGAAGGGUCUAUGGCAGAAAACCAAGAAGCCUGGAGCUGAUAUCAUACUCUACGACGGUCGUCUUGCAGUCUUCCGACAUUCAUUAGAUCUCAUCUUCUACAUUAUCGGCGGUGCAACAGAGAACGAAAUCAUGCUCUAUUCUGCUCUCACUGCGUUCUCUGAUGCAGUCCAUUUGCUGUUGCGGAAUCAGGUUGAGAAGCGGGCUGUGCUGGAGAACCUCGACAUGGUUCUUUUGUGCCUGGAUGAAACGAUCGAUGAUGGAAUUAUUGUGGAAACAGAUUCGACGACAAUUGCAUCCAGAGUUAGUCGACCAAAGGCCGACACGACUGAGAUUGUAAUCAACGAGCAGACGAUUAUGAAUGCGUAUCAGACCGUCAGGGAAAAGGUCCAGCAGAGGAUACAACAGCUGUAGAUCCAUUCUUUGUCUGUACUUUGUACUGUCCAUCAUAGAACAUUUGCAUUUUUCAGGAACCCUUGCCCAA